GAAUGGGAUGAAUUGACACAAGAAAACCUGGAAGCCUUCGAAAUUCCAGAUGAUAUAUUGGAACACUUAAAAUUUUAUAAUCAAGAUACAAUGGAGGGUGUUAGAAGCAAACUCAUGAAACCAUACCUCAAAAACGAUGAAAAUUAUGACACUAAUUCCAAUUAUGAUUACGAAUGGAUACACUUAUCUAUUAGAAGUGUAAUCAAUUUAUGGGAGAAUAAGGACUCACCAUUAUCUCGUACACAAUACGAAAAUUGGUACUCGGUCAACCUAUUUGGAAGUCGUUUGGAUUUUUGUUUUAGAGAUUAUAAAUUAGGAACAGAU